AUGUCUGCUUCAACUUCAAUGAACCCUAUCACUAAGAUUCCUCCGUUCAUCUUCAAGAACUUGCAAAUAGUUGGGAACGAGAUGGAAUUCUCAGAAUCGUUGUUAACUCUGCUUCCUGAGAAGAUGGUCGAUUUUGAGAGCUUGAAAGCUAAUGGAUUUGAUGUAAAACCCUAUUUCACCGCUCAAGGUUGGGACAAGUAUUUCGAGAUGCUGAACGUUCCAAUCUAUCCAGAUCUUCUUAAACACUUCUGGAUGAAAGCUAAGGUCUUCACUAAGGUCGAAGCUAAGCAAGAAGAACUCCUAGCUAUUGAAAGGGAUCCUAGUCUGAAGGGAAAAACUAGGAAAGAGAUGGGUCUUCUGGAGUUUACUGGUACGCAGAUUAGGUCUAAUAUCUGUGGUAUUAAUCUCACCUUCUCAAAGGUCCAUUUUAAGGCUCUCCUUGGUCUGACAAACUCUGGGUUGAUAUUGGACAACUUUGAAAAGGAUACUACAUAUAGAAAGGAUUUGAUGCAUCGGAUGUGUGUGGAUAUGCAGCUUAAAGGAAAAGUCAAGGGAAUGACGGAUGAGUGCAAGGUCUUGUUUAAGAUAAUCAUAUCAUCUAUCUGUCCAAGAGUAGGUGGUACUGAUAUAAUCUCUUGGCCUCAUCGUCAUCUAAUCUAUUUCCUUCUGACUGAAAAGAAAGUGAAUCUGGGAGAUUACUUCUUUGAAAGAAUUUGUGAAGCAAUUUUCUACAGCAAGUCUCAGAGGAGAACAACCAUUGUUCAUCCUAGGUUGUUAUCUGAUUUGCUUUUUCAAGGAGGUAUUAUAAAGAAUCUACAGAAGUUUUAUCCAGAACUUGUUGCCAGCAAGGUUUUGCCAGAUGUUCUGUCAGCAAGUUUUCUAACCAAGAUGCAUCUCAUUAACUCUAAGGUGGUUCAACCUUCACAAGAGUUUGAAGUACGCUUAGAAGAUCGCUUGUAUGAGGAUUGUUAUCCAGUAAUUUCUGAAUUGGACUGUGAAGAGGUUAUUCAUGAUUACUUGAAGUAUCUACGGGCUGAAGGAUUUACUGUCACUAGGGAGAUGGUUCCAAAGGCUCCAGUUAACUUGUACAAUCCUAGACAGAGGAAGUCCAAAAGAAAGGCUGAAACUCAAGAGGAGCAAGUUAAGCCAGAUCUUUUGACUCAGAAGAAAAUCAAGGUUGAGCAAGCUGCUGCUGAACAAAGAACAAAGAAGAAGCAUGAAGCACCUGCUGAAAAGGUUGCUGAGGAAUCAUCUAGGGCUCCUAAGAGGAAAAUGAGGCUGAAUGUUGAUGAAGAUGAUUCAGAAUAG